UCUACAUACAUGAAUUCAAAUUGAUGAAGAUGUUUGUAAAAUUUUGACGUAGUAUUUCUUUUAAAAGUAUGACGUAUGUGAGUAAUGAAGGAUUGCUAGGAUCUUUCUGAUUUUUGUGAAUAUUUUUCCACAUAUUCGCAAACAGAUUUUUCUUUGUAAGAUUAUCUUGGAUAGCCUGUUUAAAAUCUAUUUUGCACAUCCAUUUACUUCAUUCUGCAUCAGUGAUAUCAUCAAAACCUGGACAUUGAAAAAUAUUUAUACAAUUUUUUUUUUUGUGAUCCCUGUUACAUUGUGUAGUAGGUAUAAGUUAAGAAAAUACUCCAUUGUUCAUUCGGAAACAAAAUUCAAUUUUUAAUUUUUAUCUUGAAAUCGUUAUCAAGGUCUUCAAAAACAUUUUUGGUUUAUUGAAUUGACUGAAAACUCAAAACUGAAACAUGUUAACGAUACACCUCUCACUCGCGGUUUUAUUUUCCGGAGUGGCCUCUUUCCCCAGAAUCAUGGACAACUACGACCGCGGCCACAAAAGCGAAGCUGCGCCGACGAAUCUAAGCAAAGACGACGCGCUUUUCCUGACACCUUACAUCGAAAACGGUCAAAUCGAAAAGGCCCAAAAAUUGGCCACUGUCCCGCCCCUCCUGAAGAACGUCCACAGUUACUCCGGCUUUUUAACCGUCAACAAAAGCGCCAACUCCAACAUCUUCUUCUGGUUGUUCAAGAGCCAGCAAGGUAACUGGGAGGACAAGCCCCUUGUCGUGUGGCUCCAAGGUGGCCCAGGCGCCAGCUCCAUGUUUGGGCUCGUCGCUGAGAUCGGCCCUUUCUUCGUUGCCACCGGCUUAAAAGUGAAACGACGUAAGUACCCAUGGAACCGGAAAUUCAACCUGGUCGUCAUCGACAACCCCGUGGGAACCGGUUUCAGCUUCACGGAGUCGGAUGCGGCAUACCCGAACAACGAGAUGGAGGUGGCGAGAGAUCUCUACUGCGCUUUGGUGCAACUUUUCAAGCUCUUCCCGAAUCUGCAGAAGAAGGAGCUCUUCGUGACGGGCGAGUCAUACGCCGGGAAGUACAUCCCGGCCAUCGGCUACAAGAUCUACCGGGAGAACAAAGUCUCCGAUUUUAAGAUCCACGUGGGUGGUCUCAUGCUGGGCAACGCCUGGACCGAUCCUAUCAAUCAGCUCAGUUAUGGUGCAUAUCUCUAUAAACUCGGACUCAUCGAUCGAAGAACCAAAAGCCGCAUGGAGGAAAAGGAGGAGUUCGCUCGGGCUUUACUCAGAGCGGGAAAUUGGCGGGAAGCGGAUCAUACCGUGGACGAAGUGUACAACGAAUUCCUGCAAGCUAGCGGCGUCGACUUGUACGAUUUCGUGAACGACGACGUUUUCAAGGGGAUGGACGACACCCGGACUUUCAUGGAAAAGGAAGAAACCAGGAAAGCCAUCCACGUGGGGAACCUAACCUUCAAUGACGGUUAUAGUUCGGCGUGGCAUCUCUCGGAUGACGUCAUGCAAUCGGUGCGCCCGUGGGUGGAGGAACUACUCCAAGCCGAGGAGUUCCCGAUCUUGUUCUACAGCGGCCAGCUCGACGUCAUCGUUGCGUACCCGCUGAGCCUCGCUUUCUACGAUUCUCUCGAGUGGUCCCACGCUUACGAUUAUUACAAAGCUGACAGGUGUAAGUUGGUCGUCGGCAAUGACGUGGCUGGCUACUAUAAGACUGCUGGCACGUUCACAGAGGUUAUGGUGCGGAAUACCGGGCAUAUGGUCCCAACCACCCAGCCAAAAUGGGCCUAUGGGCUCUUGGAGAGGUUCAUCACGGAUGUUGACUCCUUCAAAAAGUGUCGGGAUGGGACUACAGGACUCUAAUGGAGUUCCUUCAUGGAAAAUGGGUCACUAAACCUUGUGUUUUUCAUUUGAUAUUCUGAAAAUACUAGCUGAGUAGAUUCCGUGGUAAUUUAUUGCGUAUCUUUGGAGCCGAAAUCCCGGACAAGCCCGCUUUUCAAUGGUCCAAAGACUCAACGAAAUUUCGAACGCACUGAAAUGGCGGAAAAUGAUAGAAAUGAUGUACCUACAGUGGCAGUCAAAUCGCUAUCUCCUCUCAUUUUCCAGUGAUUUUUGUCAAAAUAAAACGUACUUGGAUGUGGAAUUUCUACCUACAGUUAACGUGAGGAAGAUUCGGACUUUUUAUUCAAAAGAUAUAGUUUCGACUUGUGUAUUGUUUUCAUGUACGAGUCAAUGGAUGGCAUUCGACGAAAGCCAUAAAAACCCGCGCUCGCUUCUGAUAGUAUCACUCGGUUAGGCGCGAAACUGAGGCGUUUUAAAGUUGCGGUACAGUUCCGCUUUUUCAACCGCGUAAUUCUCGGUUUCUGAAAUACUUUUUCGCGUUUUUAAUUCGCGCGUCGUGUUUGAAGCGUCAUUAAUAAAUUAGUCAAAUAAGAGUAUUCGCAAGUCGAAAUUCGUUUAUGGCUUAGUGACUCAUCACACACACUGGGAUCUAUGGAGACUCUUAAGAAGCAGAAGUAAUAGGUGCAGUGGCACCGUUGGAUAUGAUUGUUGAUAACCUUUUGCAGUGAUUGGACCACAUUUUGCAAUUAGGAACUGCUGUUACCGUAUACCUUGUUUCAGAAAUAACGAAUCGUGGAUCCUCCGACUUUAGGGCGUAUCUUUAUUUCCACCUGAGCCACGGAGAACAUAGAGUUGUACGGAGAACAGGGCUCAAAUGGAAA